AUGCUGUUCAGUUCAACACCAUUGAUCUUGUUGGUGCUUUGCUCUUUUGCCUACUUCGUCGUGAUUAGAGGUGGAAUCACAAUAGAGAUUGAUUCUUUAAGUUUAGAAGAUAGUCAUAAACCAAGACAAACGGAUCCAUGUUGUACUGAUCGAAUGAAAAAUCAAGAUGAAUCUGACAUUGAUUGUGGAGGUUUCAAUUGUCCUAAAUGUCGAGAUAUGCAAAAAUGCACUUCCCCCAAUGAUUGUCUCAGUGGUAUGUGUAUUAAUAGUAUAUGUACUCCAUCGCUUUCGUGUUGGGAUCAAAUUCGGAACCGAAAUGAGACCGACAUCGAUUGCGGCGGCGGCGUUUGUCAGAAAUGUCAGGAUAUGAAGACUUGUAAUAUUCCGUCUGACUGUAUCAGCGGUGUUUGUAUAAAUAACAAAUGCAUUCCUAGCGGCGGCGCCAAGAAUUUAGGAUAG